AUGAGGACGCUAGUCGCCCUUGUCUUGUUGGGAUGCGUUGUAGUGACGUGUGUCGGUCGACAGAUCGGCGCUCAGGACUCCGACCUGGAGGCCGCGGCCAGCCACCACAAGGGACACCACCACGAGGAAGGCGGAGGCAAGGAGCAUCACCACCACCACCAUCACGAGCACGGCGAGAAGGGGCACAAGGGCCAUAAGGGGCAUCACCACCACCACAAGGGCGACCACGGCGAUCACCACAAGCAUCAUCACGAAGGUCACCACCACGAGCACGGCGGCGGACACAAGAAGCACUGGGACGAGCACGACCACCACGGCCACCACCACGAGCACGGCCACCACCACAAGGGCGGCAAGCACCACCACAAGAAGCACCACGACAAAGGCGAAGAAACCGAAGGUUACCACAAGAAGUACCAUAAAGACGAAUACCAUAAAGACCAUCACUUCUACGACGAGCAUCACAAGGAAGGAAAACAUCACAAGCACGGCGACCACCACGGCCACCACGAGGACCACGGUGGUCACCACAAGAAGGGCGGCCACCAUGACUCCGGCCACCAUCACCACCACCAUGGCAAGAAAGGACACCACGACAAACAUCAUUACGACGAGGAUCACAAAGGACACAAAGGCCACCAUGGGCACGAGGAGCAUCACCACCACCACCACGACCACGGGAAGAAGGGCGGCCACAAAGACCAUAAGCACUGGGGAUUCCAUCACGGAAAGCACUGA